CUCCAGCAAAGCCAUUCGGGUACGAAUUUAGCGUUAAUAAGUGAUGCGACUGUUUGUACACCACAUCCCGGCCGAACCGUUAUCCGCGGUACACGGAUGUCGCCGAUAGUCUUCAGAAAUAUCGCUGCCACCACACGAGGCUAGCAAAAACUGCGCUCCCCGCCUGCAGGGCUGGCUACGCGGCGCUGCUCUCCGGCGAACGGCGGCAGUCAGAGGGGAGGAGGAUGGCUCUGCGUUGGACCGCUCAUCUGUAUCAGUGUCCGUGUCUAUUAGGAUUUUAAUUAGCUAGCAAGAAAUGUUUGACGCUUGCAGCGGCCUUGUGAGGGAGCGACGAUAACCGCGCCGCGAGGAUUCUCGGACAAUGAUGGAGUCCAGGUUUAAAGAUUUCUGAUCUUGUUGGCUUCGGGGCUCCCAGACGCCCAUUAAGGCCACAGUCCUGCUCGCUGAGGAGGAGGCGGAGCUUCAGCGAGCCUCGCAGACCUUCGUCCUCCACCUGCUUCACCCGCUCUACUGCACCCCCAACACCAUGUCUAUAGCCAGCAGCAGCCCAGAGAAGGAGAGCUCCGGUGGGGCUCAGCUCCAGUGCCCGUCGUCCCCUCCGGGCCUGGACCCGGACCCGUCCUCCACCGGCAGCCCCAUUCUCAGCCCAGACUCCUCUUCCCAUGAUGCAGUGCUGUCGGCGCCAGCAGCUUCUCCAGCAGACUCCGAGAACCUGAGUCCAGAUGAACUGGAGCUGCUGGCCAAACUGGAGGAGCAGAACAGGUUGCUGGAGGCCGAUUCCAAGUCGAUGCGCUCCAUGAGCGGCUCGCGCCGCAACAGCGGCUCCUCGCUGGUGAGCAGCUCCUCCGCCUCCUCAAACCUGUCCCACCUGGAGGAGGACACCUGGAUCCUGUGGGGCCGCAUCGUCAACGAGUGGGAGGAGUGGAGGCGCAAGAAGGACAAGCUUCUCAAGGUGAGCAGAGAUGAAAGAACCCACCUUCAGAGAGUCCCCGUACGUUUUCCCAUGAUCCUCUCUGCCCUGCAGGAGCUGAUCCGGAAGGGCAUCCCCCAUCAUUUCCGCGCCAUCGUCUGGCAGCUGCUGGGAAACGCCACCGACAUGCCGGUGAAGAACCAGUACUCGGAGCUGCUGAAGAUGUCGUCCCCGUGCGAGAAGCUCAUCCGCCGAGACAUCGCGCGGACCUACCCCGAGCACGAGUUCUUCAAAGGCCAGGACAGCCUGGGGCAGGAGGUCCUCUUCAAUGUCAUGAAGGCCUAUUCUCUGGUGGACCGCGAGGUGGGCUACUGCCAAGGCAGCGCCUUCAUCGUUGGCUUGCUUCUGAUGCAGAUGCCAGAAGAGGAGGCCUUUUGUGUUUUCGUGCGUCUCAUGCAGGAGUACCGCCUGAGGGAGCUGUUCAAGCCCAGCAUGGCAGAGCUGGGCCUCUGCAUCUACCAGUUUGAGUACCUGUUACAGGAGCAGCUUCCAGAGCUUAACGUCCAUUUCCGCUCCCAGAGUUUCCACACCUCCAUGUAUGCUUCGUCCUGGUUCCUCACCCUUUUUCUGACCUUCCUCCCGUUACCUGUGGCCACGCGCAUUUUUGAUAUCUUCAUGUAUGAGGGCCUCGAGAUCAUCUUCCGAGUGGGCCUGGCCAUCCUGCAGUACAACCAGACUGACCUCAUUCAGCUGGACAUGGAGGGCAUGUCGCAGCACUUCCAGAAGGUGAUCCCUCACCAGUUCGACAGCUGUCCAGACAAGCUGAUCCUCAGAGCCUACCAGGUCAAGUACAACCCCAAGAGGAUGAAGAAGCUUGAGAAAGAAUACACCACCAUCAAGAACAAAGAGAUGGAAGAACAAAUUGAGAUUAAGAGGUUACGCACAGAGAACCGGCUGCUGAAGCAGAGGAUCGAGACGUUGGAGAAGGAGAGUGCCGCUCUGGCGGACAGGCUGAUACAGGGUCAGGUGACGCGAGCUCAGGAAGCAGAGGAGAACUAUGUGAUCAAGCGGGAGCUGGCGGUGGUCAGGCAGCAGUGCAGCGCGGCCAGCGAGAGCCUGGAGAAAGCUCAGGACACCAUCAGGGAGCUGCAGCAGCAUCAGUACACAGAGCAGUUCGUCAGCAACCUGCAGACGCAGCUGGAGCAGUCCCGGCUGCACGAGGCCGAGCUGCUGGGAGCGCUGAAGGAAAUGCAGGACAAGGUGCUGGACCUGGAGAAGAGGAGCAGCUGUCUGCCGGACGAGAACAACAUGGCCGCCCUGCAGGACGAGGUGAAGCAGAUGAAGCUGAAGGAGCUGGAGAUGCUGCGCUCCUUCAGGGAGAUGCAGGACAGCGUCACGGACCUCAACCAGCGCUGGCAGCACCACAUGUCCCGCAGCGGCAGCACCGGAGGCGGCGGCGGCCACUGGAAGGAGUCCCCGAAGAAGAACGCUAUGAACGAGCUGCAGGACAAACUGAUGACGGUCAGGCUGAGGGAGGCGCAGGCUCAGGCGGAGCUCCGGGAGGUCAAACUCAAAGCUCUGCAGCUGGAGAGCCAGAACCAGAUCCACAGCAAACUGAUUGGUCGCAACGAGCAGGAGCGCUCGGCCCUGCAGGACCGGCUGCAGAUGAUGGCCAAUCAGAACAAAGCGCUGCAGGCCCAGCUGAGUGAGAUGAAGAGGAAGCAGGCGGAGUCGGACUGCAAGAGUAAAGAGGAGGUGAUGGCGGUGCGGCUGAGGGAAGCAGACAGCAUGACCGUCAUGGCUGAACUCCGGCAGAAGAUCGCUGAACUGGAGAUCCAGAAGGAGGAGGGACGGAUUAAGGGCCAGCUCAACCACUCCGACUCCAGACAGUACAUCACCCAGCUCCGGGACCAGAUUGCUGAGCUGAAGAACGAGGUCAGGCAGUUACGAGGGCAGAAGGCGGCGCCCGGCGGCGGAGGGAACUACGACCUGUGCUUGACCAGCCCCGCCUCGGCUGAAGGCGACUUCCUCAGCUCAGAUGACGACCUGCUCCCCAGCCCACUACCCACCACCGGCCUGUACCCCGCCCUGACCGGCUCCUGUCACCCGCCCGCCCACCUGGACAGCGAGGGCAGCACCGACAGCGAGGCGGAGGAGCGGGCGCAGACGCAUCCGGACGCGCCGCAGCUCUACGGCGGCAUGGUUUGUGCCGAAGCGCUGGAUAACUGAGGUUCAAAUGAGAGCAACUUCCCCACAUCCAGAAGAGACUCCAGCGGACUGAAGAGACACAGCUGCUUGUUUUGAUUAGUUAGCUCCUCCUCCUGUUUACCUGGAUGCAGACGAGGACCUCCUCCGAUCUUCUGCAACCUGCCCUCAACCCACUGAUCCAGUGUUCCCCACAAAAAACAAAAAAAAAUCCACAUUCCUCUCGUCCGUGUGCCACAAACACAUCAGAAUCAUAUCCCUCCAGUACGAACAUGUGAUCCAGACUGAUCCAGAUCUGCCCCUGGACCUGAAACCAGAGCGGUUUCAAGGCGUGAAAGACGGGCAGUCGGACUCGUUCAGAUCUCCCUCCAGUGUUAAACUCAUCGUCACCGUGUCCUGUCUUCACCAGGGAGAGUCGCCUCCAUCCUCUUUGCCUUGGAGAGAAGAACACGCCAGUGGAGCAGCAUCAGCAUCCGACGGUGUGAUGUCACCAGACGGCCUUCACGGAUCAACCGCUCACACCUGGAAUAUUUGGGUCGGUAGUGUUUCAGAGGAAGGUAGAAGUUGCCAAAUCGUUUCCUUUGUUCUUCAACUAUUUAUGUUUUGUAUUUUAUUUUGAUAUGAUGGAACAUUUUUAUAAAUCCACAUGAAAUUAGAGGUUUAGGAAAUCAACAGAGGCCAAAAUACUCUGUCCUUUGUGCCAACGAGUCACUGAGUGUUACACAGAGAACGUGCUGCUAUCAGUUUCUUCAUUUCCUGCCGUACGGAGGUAAAUCAUCUGAUCACUUUGACUCGCUCUCUGAAGCUUUCCAACAUUUUAAUAAUUGUAGAAAAAGGAAGACUCGAUGGAGAAUUUUCUUUAUUUUGUUGCUUUUUACAGCAACUAAAGUGGAAAGACGAAUUCUUCGGAAAGCUACGGCGUUAGCUUAGCAAAACUCAAUACGUUCUCUGGUUUUUGUAAAACUGUUAAACUAAAGACAAAAUAGGAAUAAUAUCAAACCAAAACAGUUGGUUACUUCCUUAGCAACUGUUAGCUUGUGUUUGCUAACGAGCGAAUUUAAAUCAACUGGACUAAACAAAAUAUCAGAGGUUUUUUGUUGUAUUUCUUCAAAGGUUAAUUUAUUUUAUCUUUUAAGAAUUAUUUUAUUUUUGAACAAAAAAAAGAGAUUUUACAACCGAAUCUAGUUAGCAUUUCUGUUUCCUUUCAGAAGCUAAGGCCUUUUCGGUUUUAGCUAAAACAUCCACUUUUUCAGUAAUAAAAAAUGCAAGUAAAGAAAAUAAAAACCAAACAGAACCGAUUUGGAACCACUGACUGUAUAUAGAGAACUGGACUGAGCAACCCCUCCCCCUCAUGUUCCAAACAGGAAGUGGCUCUAAGAAGCCAAGAUCCCGUAGACUUCAAUAAAGAAAUAAACAGCUGUUACUCAGUCAUUCUGUUUGUCAGAAUAAACAUUUUUGCUUUAAUAUUUUUUUAAACUUUUUCUUGAUCAUCCUCGUUUUUAAAAAAAAAUAUUAUUUUUUUAGUUUAAGUUAUAAACUGACCAAUGAGAUGCUUCAAUAAAAGUAGGCGGUUUCGUGUCGAACAUUCGGAACAUUUGACUGCCAUCUUUGAAGUGGUGGGGGUGUGGCCUUCCAACAAGCUUGCUCCUGAUUGGUCAGAGUGGUUGCCAUAGAAACUUAGACUGACUCUGCACCGCCCACUGACCACGUCUGGCUCCAACUUGGUGAAAAAAUGGCAACUGAAUUGACUUCAUUUGGUUGGAGCCAGAAGGAAACCAUUUUCUAUGGAUGACGUCACACUCACUAUGUCCAGUUCUCAUAUACAGUCAACAGUUGGAACCAAUUGCUAAUGUGAAAAAAGUGAAGUGAUACAACAUUAGAUCAUUUUAUAAGGAUGUGAAUUAAUGAUUGUAUUAAUCUACUGUAAAAAUGGUCACAUUUAUGCAGAACUGUGAGAUUUACAGCAUAUUUAAAGCUACUUCACUGUCAGCCUCUCGUUAGCGAGGACGGUCAGGAGCGUUUAUCAAACAGGGUUUCAUGCUCAGAAAGUGAUUUUAUUGCACUACAGAAAACAGAGGAUUUAAUGUUAUACAAGCGCAUCAUCAUUCUAACUAUAGAAAUCCUUAAAAAGGCAUUUAAAGUGGGGACUUGUUUUGGAGUGCAAUAUUUGUUUACGGUACCUACUUUAAAACUAUUUAUUUAUUUUGAAAUCUUCCUCCUAUUUUACAGAAAAAAAAUAUCUUAACCUUCAUCUUUGGGAAAAAACACGUUUUUCUUUGAUCAUUGAGUUCCUAGAAACCUGACGGGGUUAUCAUCGGGUAUUCAUCAGAGAUGAAGAACAAAAAGAGCUUUUGGUUGCAGAGAUCCAUCUCUAAAAUCAUGGCAUUCAUAACCUUUAGGUUUAACGUUGUGGUGUUGAACAUGUAUGGAGUAAAGAAGACGAUCGAUGACAGACGCUGGAGCUUCCAUCUCCUGACAAACAGGGAUCUUCUACGAAACCCUGAAACAGGAUGUUAGCUUCACCCCCAGUGAUGCAAGUAACAGCUUUUUGGUGACAACACCGGGAUGGAGCAACUCAAAUCUCAGUGCUGGAAUCAGUGUCAAAAUAUAUCAGUUACUUUAGAUUACAGCCUGUUCAUCAUAUUUAAGCAUUUAAUUUAUGCAAAAGAUGAUUAUCUUCCAUUGAGUUUUCUUUUUAUAGUCAAUAAUUGUAUUUGUGUAUCAACAUGGUUUACAAAUCUCCCAGCAGCCUCUUUGGUGCAGUUCCUGCAGACAUAUCUCUCAAAAAUCCUAUUUACUCAACUGACUUCACUGUUGAAUCCAAGUAAUAAUUAAAAGUCUUCGACUCCUACUUUGAUUUUCAGUUCAAACUGAAUUAAACAACAGAGAAACAUUAAAGUCAAACUCAGAUGAAGUCGUCUUUUAAUCAGGAUUUUGCCGUUUUUAGCCAAAAUAUGUCAUUUUCUAGAACAUUGGAGGUCAUUAUAUUUCUCCUCUGAGUUGUGGGCGGGGCCAUUGGUUUGGAGCAGCCCCUCCCCGUUGCUGAGAGCUCUCUGUUUACAUGCUCUCCCGCUAGCUCACACUCCCAAGCUAACGUUAGUGAUGCUACAAAAAUGUUGAGCAUGUAGGAGCUAAACAUACGUGCAGGAAGCGUGUGACCCCGCCCACCGUGUGGCCCCGCCCAGCUUGUUUUCUAGGAAUUUGUUCACAUUUUUUUGUUUGCAAUUUGACAAUAGAAAUACUAAUUUUCUUAAUAUGUCAUCAGAAAAAGGCCACAAGAACGCAUUAAAAACAGUUUUUUUUCGUGGGAGUGAAGUUUAUCGUACAAAGUUUCUGAUCAGGAACGAUCCAAGGUCGUUUCCGUUCAACCCGCCUCUACACUGCUGGUCAGCGAUGGUGCUCCUUUCACGACAAACUCUAUCGACUGUGAUGAAACGUUUUCCGUUUAGUCUGUAACAUAUGGUAGCAUUCAUCUUUAACGUGUUUUCUGUUUUGAAACCGCGGUUUGGCUCUGAGCCCACGGGAAGAAGCGUCUGUGGAUCAGCGGGUCGCUGAGGUUCAAUGCCGCUCUUAUUGUGAAACUCAAAGGCAGGAAGUCUCCUUCAUCCAUGUACUGUAUGUGAUACCUGCAGGUCACCUUGUUCACCCCCCCAUGCACCCCCAUGCAGUUCAACCAAUGUUGUCAGAUAUAUUAUAUGACAGUAAAACUAUAUAGAUUUCAAUAUGAUGGGGAUAAAUACAUUUCAGUGUUCUGUAUCCUACGAAUGAUACAAAUAAACUUUGACAUUGCACCUUUG